AUGGCUGCACUGACUUGUCUUUUGGACAGCGUUAGAAGGGACAUAAAGAAGGUGGACAGAGAACUAAGGCAAUUGAGAUGCAUUGACGAACUUAGCACACGAUGCCUGUGCGACCUGUACAUGCACCCCUAUUGCUGUUGUGACUUGCACCCGUACCCGUACUGCCUGUGCUAUUCAAAGCGCUCCCGAUCCUGCGGACUGUGCGAUCUCUACUAUCCGUGUUGCCUGUGUGAUGUCAAGCUUUACUGUCUUCGACCAUCCUUCAGAAGUUUGGAGAGGAAAGCCAUUAGAGCCAUAGAGGAUGAAAAGCGGGAGCUUGCCAAACUAAGAAGAACAACAAAUAGAAUUCUGGCCUCCUCUUGCUGUAGCAGUAACAUUUUAGGAUCAGUGAACGUAUGUGGCUUCGAGCCUGACCAAGUAAAAGUUCGGGUGAAGGACGGAAAGGUGUGUGUAUCAGCGGAGCGGGAGAACAGGUACGACUGCCUUGGAUCGAAAAAGUACAGCUACAUGAACAUCUGCAAAGAGUUCAGCUUGCCCCCCUGCGUGGAUGAAAAAGACGUCACGUACUCCUACGGGCUCGGCAGUUGCGUCAAGAUCGAGUCUCCCUGUUACCCUUGUGCAUCACCCUGUCUCCCUUGCAACCCCUGCAACCCCUGCAACCCUUGCAACCCCUGCAACCCAUGCAACCCCUGCAGCCCGUGUGACCCCUGCAACCCAUGCUACCCCUGUGGCAGCCGAUUUUCCUGUAGGAAGAUGAUUCUGUAG